GGAAUACAAAGUUCGAUUAUCUGUAAUCCAAAAAAAAGUUUGUCAUUGACAGUCAAAAAAAUAUUGGAAAAUGGCCGCGAAACAGAAUACUGUUGCUCAGGAAGAACAAACAACUUCUGACGAUAUUCCAUUGACGUCGCUAGAAGAAAGCCUAUUUAGCUCCGAGAAACUUGAUCGUGCUUCUCCAGAAUUGUGGCCUGAACAAAUUCCGGGUGUGUCAGAGUUUGCACCACUUCCAAACAAUAACCAGUCACCGCCGUCAUGGAGUAGAGGGGCUACCAAGGAAGAUUAUAACUACAUGCAGCAACUGGGAUCAUUGUCAACCAGUGGCCUGAUAAUGGAAGUCAAGAAGCUGCAUGACCUUGCAUACCAACUUGGGCUUGAGGAAGCGAAGGAAAUGACAAGAGGAAAAUACUUAAAUAUCUUCUCAUCAAGAAGGCAGCGAUAAUAUGUGUUAUGUUAGAUUAAGUUAAAGUUUAUCAAGUGUUGUUACAAAUUUUAAUAUGAAUUAAUUAUUAGGACUCAAUUAAACACCAGCUAGAAGUUUAAACUUUAAUGCAUUAUCAUGCUAAUGAACACCUACAAUGUAAAGAAUUAGUAGAUAGUAAUACUAAUAAACUAUUUAAGUUACA